AUGCAAAUGAUCAGGGAGGCUCAUGCUGACUGGAAUGAAGACCAAAUUUUGGAGCAUGCUUUCUCUGUAAUGAACCUUCAACCUAAUGCCAGCCAAGCAGAAAAGAUCCCCAAGUCAGUGCUCAGCAUCAUCUCACAAAUUGUCAAGCUUAACAAGAACAACUGGGCCAUCUGGGAGCCCAUGUUCAUGGACUGCAUCUGCCCAAUCAAGAAUGCCAAGUGCAUCCUCACUGGAGAGAUUCCUAGUGGCCACACUGACUAUGACAAAGAACUAAACAGUCACUUGCUGGGCCUCAUCCUGUCCUCCUGUGACCACAGACCUACUAGCUGCAUUGACACCUACACAGUGUGGGAGCAAGAUGAGGAGGAACAGCUUGGCUCCACACUUUACAGGAAGCUCAAGGCUGCACUCACAAUCAAUGAUGAGGUUAAACUCUCUACUAUUCAUCACCACAUACAUGAGAUCAAGCUAGUCCACUGCAACAUUGUCAACCUUGGUAAGGAACUUGACCAGAUCUGGAACAAUGCUGCCAGGCUCAGCAGCUGCAUGGAUGAGAAGCUCAAGAAGUCCACCCUGUACUGCUGCAUCAAGGACGAUUGGCUCUACACCCAGAUGGUAGACUCCCUCAAAGCUGCCCAACCUGGUUGCAGCUAUGAGUAUGCCUACCAUGCACUUGCCAAGAAGCAUCAAGAAGCUGAACUUUUGGGCUGCAUCCAUGCUGCAGCCAGAGUAGCCAGCAAUAAGAACACAACAGGCCAAGCCAGUGGGCCCAGACAGAUCCUCAACCAAGAAGGCUACAACAGGGGUAGACAUGACCCUGCAAACCCCAAUGAGCCAGCUAAGUGUUACAAGUGUAGGCAACUGGGCCACAUUGCAAUUAACUGCACCAGCAGUCAGGAGCAGACCCCCACACAGCAGGAAUAG